AUGGAGACAUACCUUACUGGAGCCCUGAACGACACCGACUACGCUAAUGUUGCGGCUGAAAUUUGUGCUUUAAAUACAGGAUUGGGGAACCCCACGGUUAAUGAUGAAAACUUGCAUAACAACAUAAGAUCAUCUGAUCGAGAUGUGGUGUGGGGAGUUGCAGGUCUCCACACACUCGCGAAUUUGUCUAACCUCCUGGAUAGCAUACCCAAUACAUCAGGGUUUCUAAGAAAUAACGAGAACGGUCUAUCAUUCACAGGGAUCUUUGCUACGGCUACUCGACACAACGAUGGUAGAACUGGGAUACGCAAACCACUCUCGGAUUUGUCUAUCCUGGUGGAUAAUAUACCCCACACGACACGGGGUGGCCAUGGAUCACACAAAAGACAGAGAUCCAUUCAGGCCGAGAUUCACACACCAAGGGGCCAGCAUACAACUUUACGAAAUACUGAUGCAAAGAGACAACGAACGGUUCAGAGUGCGUCCCCCGUUUUGAAUGACAGAGUCAUCGCGAUCGAUAAUGUAGGACCAUUGGAGUCUGACGCUAGAACAUCUGGUCAAGGGUCGAGCACACAUGACAUAGUAGAGAGCUUUGUAGAUUGGGAUGAGGAUCUGAUUAUCGCAUGGGACGCUUGUGAUUUUGAACUACCUACACCGGUGCAAUCACCAUCAGCGUCCAUGAAUGUACAAGAAACACCUGUGGCUUCCGAACAGACCCCAGAGUUAGGGGUGAAUCACAUAAACCAAGAAGACAACAAUUCUGAGGAUACAGAAUUGUUCCCAUAUGUUUUGACCCAGAACCUCGAUGUUCAAAGAACCGUGGAUUCCGAACAGACCAUCGCUGUGGUACAACUAAAUCGAGAAGAGGUUGGUUCUGAGGAUACAGAAUUGUCCCCAUAUGUUUUGACCCAGAACCUCGAUGUUCAAAGAAUCGUGGAUUCCGAACAGGACCCGGAGCCACUGCCUGGUAAUCAACAGGCCUAUAGAAACGAACUUGUGGCUGAUGAACAGGUCACGGACAGCACAGGAAAUGAAGUGACUCCAGAAGAGCUCAAAGACUUUUUGCAUUAUGUAUGGAACGAUUAUGUACAGUUUAAGCAAUUUGUAGUCGAUGGUUUUGCAAUCCAGGAUACAGAGCGAAGAAAACUGCUGGGGUUAAUCGCCGAAAUUAUCACUCUGUUAAAAAACCCGACUUUGUAA